AUGGUGGUGCAGCAGCGAGGAGGAAGCAAUAAUUCAAGCGACAAUGGUGGUACGGACAGUGAGAAUGUACCUGUAAGGAGACAGGAAGGCUUAGGAGGAGGCUCUGUCACUCCUAUCAUUGAUGGGUCACAAGCAAGACAAAAGUCAGCCAGUCUAGCAAGAGAGUCCAAGAAAGGCUUCAGCAAACGAAGGAUCCCGUCGUAUGCCUAA